AGACAGAGCUGCUAAAACUAUGAAAGACCUAAUCUAAUUUUUUUUUGGUCUUAGGUAUUUGUAUAUUCUGGCGAUCUACUAUUCUAGGGAGUGAUAGAUAGCUUGGGAGUGAAUAUGAUUUAAACUUACUCAUGCUUAGAGGGUGUGUGAAAUUGAGAAGCCAGGCUGAUCCAUCUACUCUGACCCUAACUGUGGUAGUAAAGUAAAUUGCAUGAAGAAAUAGGGUCCCAACGAUACAGAUGAGGAAACUAAGGCCUUAGAGAGACUAAGUGAUUUAUCCAAAGCAGUAAGAAGUGCCAGAACUGGAGCCAAGCUCUUUUGAUUCAUUUUCAGCAGACAUUCGUUUCAGCCAUAAAAAGCGUUAUUGGUUUCUCAGCUAUUGUGUGCACUGCUGAAACUAGUACCUGUGUUGCUUACUCUAAGAGCAGUGUGCUAGCUGGCUGCUUCUGUAGGGUAGUUUGGGAGAAGGAAGACGGUGUCCUGGAGCAGAUCGUGGCCGUUUAUAGAGUAUGAAAAGGUGGGAGGGACACAGCGAGAAAAAGCUUUCAGUCCAGUGUCAAGCUGUUGGAGUGAGGGACCAAAGGUAAAGAAUGAUGUAAUGCACUGGCUGCCCCAAAGCAUCUUUUGUUGUGGAAUGGUUAUUCCAGUCAUCUCUUUAUGAAUCAAAUGUGAGGGGCUGCUUUGUGGAAGGAGUCCUUUGCAAGAGCACAUCAGCAGGAAAGAGAAAGAGACAUUCACUUGGAGGGCUCUUGCUGAAAAUGGGUUUAACUCUCCUUUUGCCAGUCACCACCAGCCUGACCUCAUACAUGUUAGUACAAUGGAGUGGCUGAGCCUUUGAGCACAACACCAUUACAUCAUCGUGGCAAAUUAAAGGAGGAGGUGGGAAAAGAGCACUUACUGUUGUCAUGGCCCAUGAGAUGAUUGGGACUCAAAUUGUUACUGAGCGCUUGGUGGCUCUGCUGGAAAGUGGAACGGAAAAAGUGCUGCUAAUUGAUAGCCGGCCAUUUGUGGAAUACAAUACAUCGCACAUUUUGGAAGCCAUUAAUAUCAACUGCUCCAAGCUUAUGAAGCGAAGGUUGCAACAGGACAAAGUGUUAAUUACGGAACUCAUCCAGCAUUCAGCGAAACAUAAGGUCGACAUUGAUUACAGUCAGAAGGUUGUAGUUUAUGAUCAAAGCUCCCAGGAUGUUGCUUCUCUGUCUUCAGACUGUUUUCUCACUGUACUUCUGGGUAAACUGGAGAAGAGCUUCAGCUCCGUUCACUUGCUUGCAGGUGGGUUUGCUGAGUUCUCCCGUUGUUUCCCUGGCCUCUGUGAAGGAAAAUCCACACUAGUUCCUACCUGCAUUUCUCAGCCUUGCUUACCGGUUGCCAACAUUGGGCCAACCCGAAUUCUUCCCAAUCUUUAUCUCGGCUGCCAGCGAGAUGUCCUCAACAAGGAGUUGAUGCAACAGAAUGGGAUUGGUUAUGUGCUAAAUGCCAGCAACACCUGCCCAAAGCCUGACUUCAUCCCCGAGUCUCACUUCUUGCGAGUGCCUGUGAAUGACAGCUUUUGUGAGAAAAUUUUUCCCUGGUUGGACAGAUCUGUAGAUUUCAUUGAAAAAGCAAAAGCCUCCAAUGGAUGUGUCCUGGUGCACUGCUUGGCUGGGAUCUCUCGCUCUGCCACCAUUGCUAUUGCCUACAUCAUGAAGAGGAUGGACAUGUCCUUAGAUGAAGCGUACAGAUUUGUGAAAGAAAAAAGACCUACUAUAUCUCCAAACUUCAAUUUUCUGGGCCAACUCCUGGACUAUGAGAAGAAGAUUAAGAACCAGACUGGAGCAUCAGGGCCAAAAAGCAAACUCAAGCUGCUGCACCUGGAAAAGUCAAAUGAACCUGUCCCUGCAGUCUCAGAGGGUGGACAGAAAAGCCAGAUGUCCCUCAGUCCACCCUGUGCCAACUCUGCUACCUCAGAGGCAGCAGGGCAAAGGCCUGUGCAUCCUGCCAGUAUGCCCAGUGUACAGCCACCACUGUUAGAGGACAGCCCACUGGUACAGGCACUCAAUGGGCUCCACCUAUCCUCGGACAAGCUGGAAGACAGCAAUAAGCUCAAGCGUUCCUUCUCUCUGGAUAUCAAAUCAGUUUCGUACUCGGCCAGUAUGGCAGCGUCCUUGCAUGGUUUCUCCUCAUCAGAAGAUGCUCUGGACUACUACAAACCUUCCACCACUCUGGAUGGGCCUGGCAAGCUAUGCCAGUUCUCUCCAGUUGAGGAAGUAUCGGAGCAGACUCCAGAAACAAGCCCAGAUAAGGAGGAAGCCAACAUCCCUAAGAAGCCUCAGACUACCAGGCCUUCAGACAGCCAGAGCAAGCGAUUACACUCAGUAAGAACCAGCAAUAGUGGUGCCACCCAAAGGUCCUUCUUAUCUCCACUGCAUCGAAGUGGGAGCGUGGAGGACAACUACCAUACCAACUUCCUUUUUGGCCUUUCCACCAGCCAGCAACACCUCGCGAAGUCUGCUGCUGGACUGGGCCUCAAGGGCUGGCACUCAGAUAUCUUGGCUCCCCAGACCUCCACCCCUUCCUUGACCAAUAGCUGGUAUUUUGCCACGGAGUCCUCUCACUUCUAUUCCGCCUCAGCCAUCUAUGGAGGCAGUGCCAGUUACUCUGCCUACAGCUGCAGCCAGCUGCCCACGUGCAGUGACCAAGUCUAUUCCGUGCGCAGACGGCAGAAGCCCAGUGACAGGGCUGACUCCCGGCGGAGCUGGCAUGAAGAGAGCCCCUUUGAAAAGCAGUUUAAACGCAGAAGCUGCCAGAUGGAAUUUGGAGAGAGUAUCAUGUCAGAGAACAGGUCACGGGAAGAACUGGGGAAAGUGGGCAGCCAGUCUAGCUUCUCAGGCAGCAUGGAGAUCAUUGAGGUCUCCUGAGAAGACAGGCGCCUGUGACUCUAUUGACAGUUUUUUCUCGUUCACAAAAAAAUAUUCCCUGUAAAUCUGAAAUAUAUAUAUAUAUGUACAUACAUAUAUAUUUUUGGAAAAUGGAGCUAUGGUGUAAAAGCAAAAGAUGGAUCAACACAAUUGUUCUCAACAUCUGCAUUUGAGAGACCAGCUAAUAUUUCUCUCAACUGAAGUGGAAGGGCAGAUAGAUGCUAGAGUUCCCCGUAAACAGAUAAAAUAGUUCUAUGCAAUUAAUUGCACAUCCUCUCAUUCUCACUGAGUCAAGUUUUAUUUGGUGUUGGAGGACAAAAUCCCCUCCCGUUUUCAUGUUGUGCUACAGAGAUCUCAAGUACUAGUCUUUGUCCCUUCCUUCUAUAGUGCACCUUAGCGCUGAGACUGAGCCAGCUUGUGGGUCGGGUGGGUAGACCCUACUAGGGACAGAACCUAAUGGUAAAUCCAAGAGAAAUGAUCACGUCCAAAGCUGAUUCACAAAUCCAAGCUCACCGCACAGCCGAGUGAUUCGCGCAUCAUUCUCCUGUUCAGACCAUUAGGGGCCUUGCCAAGAUCUACUUUAGAGCAAACCCAGUACCUCAGACAGAAAGUCGGGGCUUUCACCACUACCAUGUCUGGGAGCCCGUUUUCUCGGCAUUGUGAAUAGGUAGGUAGCUAGUCACACUUUUCAGACCAAUUCAGACUGUCUAUGCACAGAUUUCCUGUUGGGCCUGGAUGGAGGUAGUUAAUAUUUUCUUUCCUCCUUCUCAGCUUUAUGAAGAAAGAGAAGGGAAAUCAUCUAGGUAGGAUUCAGUGCAACAGCCAGGAAUCUGGCAGCAUAAUGAUUUCAGCUAAGUUGGGAGGCUAAACAAGUCUACCUCCCUCCUUAUAAAGAAUUGCUCAAAAUGGAAUUACUAAUCCUUUAAAUGAAGAUUAACUUG